AUGCCCUUCGUGAGGCGUCAUGUUACGCGCCGUCUCAAGGCCGCAAAGGCAGAAUGCGACAAGGAGCUGCAGCGGACUACCAACUCAAUCACUGCCUUCUUUGAGGAGCGCCUCAGGGAGGGGGAUCACGAGGCGGAAUUCGAGCGCGAGCAGAGGGAGCGCGAGCGUGGCCCAACGCGGGAGUCCAACCUCACGGACUCGCAGCCGGAGCCUCUCCGGGAAGCGUUCGUCCUGCAGCCGGCGGAGCUCAGGUCCGCGUUGCAGUUCGACGAUGUGAGCUCUGAUGGCGGCUAUGAAGCCGACCCAGAAGGCAAUUAUCACAGUCGACAACGUGCGUGUCUCGAUGAAGAUCCUGCGACCCAGCACUCGCUGAUCUUCGGGCCACCGUCGCCCGGGCUUCUCACAGCGUCCGUGUCUUCCACAAGCCCCGCCUCUCUGCGGCGCCAUUCGACUCUUCCCCGGGGUCGGUCUGUGACCAAUGUCGCGUCCUCGAGUACUGGCGCCUCCAGUCCUGCGCUGAGUUCCGUCACCAGUCCGACACCUCCACCCGAGGUGGUCAGCCCGCGCAAGCAGAGCGCCGCUGCACAGUCGAGGGAUUGGAGUGCGCAAACCCUUGCGAACCGAAGACUAUCCCGCACGAUCCAUAUUCCCGUCCGCACACCUCGCUCCGGUGCAAGUUCGCGUUCCGCGUCUCGCUCCCGGUCUCCCCUCCCACGGGGAUACCAAGACCAGGCUACUAACAACCGCCGUUCCUCGAGGAUAUUGGUGGAUGACCCAGUCGAUCCGAUCAUGACUACCUUGUACGAGCUGAUUGGCAUUGCGACGGACGUUCAGGAGAUGUCCAUCAAUCAGCUCACCGCCAACCCGAAGGUCUGCGAGCAGCUCGUGCAGCGCGUGCAGAACAUCGGUAAGGCGUGGGACGAGCACCCGGAUUGGCACGGACGCAACUGGUACGUCCAGGUACUGCUCGCUAUCGCGAGUCUGUCUCGAGUGGUCGAGUGGUGGGAGGCAGAGAAGCAGUUCUGGAACUUUGACGACAACGAUGACGAGCAGGACGAAGCUCUCACUUUCGUGCUGAGGCCUGCGGACGAGGAGGAAGGUGUGGCCCCGACUCCCUCGGUUCGUGCUGAGGCGGCGGGAACCGGUGCGCUUCGCUUUCAGCAGGACGAGGAGAGUAAGCUUCGCAUGUCCCGCACCGUCAGCCAGACUCGUCGGACCAGGGAUGAAACACCCAAGGACUUGUCUAUGACGCCCGCGAAGGAGAACGACCAGCCUAGGUCGACGUCAAAAUUUACUGACAACAACGAAUCCGCGAGGGUCCUAGCCACCGAGCGGUUACGUCUCCAAGCAGAACAUGCCCAGAACCAGAAUAUCGUACUGGAGCUGAGCAUGGAUGGCGACCACUUCAUAUGGGUCAACUAUGCAUGGCGGAACGUUAUCGGAACGGACCAGGAGGACCUCAUAGGAACGCGGAUAUCGCGGUUACUUGCUCCGGCUGACUGGCACGUCUUCCGCGAUGCGACUCGGCGGCUGCUCGACGACGAUUCACGCAUCGUGGAGGUGCGAUUCAGACUGAAGGUCAUUGACGCCGAACCCGGUCAGUCGUCGUACAAGAACCUGUACCAGCAGAUGGUCGGAACGGGUAUGCUCAUGAUGGAACGUGAGGAGGGUACACCGACGCAUACAAUGUGGGUCGUCAGGCCCAUCGGUCAGCCGGAAUGCCUGGAGCAGCCUCCUUCCAUCUUGCUCGAGUCCGGCGAGGUUGGUGACGAGCCAGCUUCCGCUGAGGCGACACAGGUAGGCUUCGGACAUAGACAGGCGUACGAGCCAGUUACACCCUUCCCGUUCGCGCGGCCGAUCAACAUCGCGCCGAUCCUCUGCCGCAUAUGCGAAUGCGAGGUACCGCAGUGGUACUUCGAGAAGCACAAUGAGACGUGUGCGGAGACGCACCGGCUCGAAGCCGAAAUCAGCGAGUGCAACGAGUCGAUCGGCGAGCUUCGCAACACGAUUCGCGACUUGUUGACGGCAAUUGACCGUUCGUCGCCCAUGACGGCUCCCGAAUACCGUGGCAUGCCCAUCUUCUCCCCGGCUACCUCACCUGGAUCGUCUUCGCCGCUUCAACUCCUCCGUGCGCCGUUGAAGAUGAAGAAACUGAGCGUGAAGAAGCUGCAGCGUCACAUCCUUGAGCAACUCGAGGACAUCCUGCAACUCUGUAGCGAAAUCUCUAUCCCUGCGUUGAAGGAUGAGGAAUCGGCCGAGCCCAUCGAGAGGCAACGCCUCUUGUCGCCUGCCUCAGAGCGGAAGAUGUCGCAAGUCCGACGAUGGGGCAAACCCUCCAUCGAGGACGGGGCGCUCACGCAGCUGAUCGAGGACGCUGAGCGUGUUAUGCGACAGAAAGUUGACAACGUCGUGCGUAUGCAGAAUACGAUCAAGUACUCCGAGAAGAUCCGCCAGGAGUGGGCGGACAAGGUCGCUCAGACCCUUUCGCAGAUGGAGGAUGUUGCUGAGGAGGACGAGGAUGAGGAUGAGGACGGCGAACAGACCGCGGAAGGCUCAGAGGACGAACAACAGGGCGAGCAAGCGGAGGACCGUACCACUAACACUAUUGACUACGCCUUCGGCAGUCAGACGGCGGAGCCCACUCCUAUCGCGGCUACCUCGCCGAUUCCGUUCUCCGGCGGUCAUUCGGGCCAAACUAUCGACCACACUCUAGCUUCUAACUUCAGCUCACCCCUCCUUCCUGUCGCGCCUAUUCCUGCGUAUCCUCCGAGCAACUUGCAAACACGAUCAUCUACGCCGUCUUCUAUCUCGUCUCCUCUAGCAUUAGCGGCCCCCACAGUAUCGUUCGCAACAUAUCCUGCUCACGACCUCACACCACCGCCCAUGGAUCUCAACGAGGUCAAUCAGAACACGGUUCGGCCGCGGCCCUCGCUAGGCAUCCUCGAGCCUCGCUUGCUCAUCACUCCCCCUCUCUCACCUUUGGUCUCACCCGAGGACCAGUCGCAGACGCGACGACCGCGCAGACGACGGCACUCAACUGCAGCGCAACCCAUUCUCAGCCCGACCAACUCGGUGUCGGGCACUCCAUUAUCGCCUCGCCUUCCUUCUGUCGCGCCGCUGUCCAGGACGACACCUACGUCAAUCAAAGACUUCGAGAUCAUCAAGCCUAUCAGCAAAGGCGCCUUCGGCUCCGUCUUCCUCGCGAAGAAGAAAGCCACUGGCGACUACUUCGCGAUCAAGGUGCUCAAGAAGGCGGACAUGAUCGCGAAGAACCAGAUCACGAACGUCAAGGCGGAACGCAUGAUCCUCAUGAAGCAGGCUGAGUCGCCAUUCGUCGCCAAGCUCUAUUUCACUUUCCAGAGCAAGGAGAACCUGUAUCUAGUUAUGGAGUACCUCAACGGUGGCGACUGCGCUGCGCUGAUCAAGUCUCUCGGGUCUCUGCCCGAGGAAUGGACGCGCAACUACAUCGCAGAGGUCGUUCUUGGAUUGGAGUAUCUGCAUCAGCGUGGUAUUGUACAUCGUGACCUAAAACCGGAUAAUUUGCUCAUCGACCAGCACGGUCACCUCAAGCUCACUGACUUCGGGCUGAGCAGGAUUGGUCUCCUGGGUCGCCAAACACGAGACGCCCAACUCCCCUUCGGGAUGCGCACGCGGUCAAGACAUAGCCCUGGGUCACGGCCACCCUCAAUCGACUCUGUCUACAUCGGGUCGACACCGUUCACGUCCGACCUAUACGCGGGAGGUUCGUAUUUUACGCAGAGGACCAGCUCGAUUCCUCGGCUAGGAUCGUCGCCUUAUUUGUCGCUUUCAGAUGACGUGAGUGAGUCUAGCGGCUCUGAGUCUCUCCAGGGCUCUGGACUCUUCGCCAUGCGGCGGUCGAACAGCAAGCAGCAGCCACACAUGGAUAGCCCCUUACAGUCAUUCGCAACUGAAUUGACUACCGAUCUUCGCUCUCAUCCUAACCCUGGCGGUACGCCGCCCGGUGACCAGAAGGUGGUGGGCACACCGGACUAUCUCGCCCCCGAGACCAUUCUAGGUCUGCGCGGCGAUGACGCUGCCGUGGAUUGGUGGGCUCUGGGUGUCAUCACCUAUGAAUUUCUCUAUGGGAUUCCUCCGUUCCAUGACGAAACGCCUGAGAAGGUGUUCGAGAACAUCCUGUCGGGCCGCGUACAAUGGCACGAGGGAUACAUGGACAUCUCGCCCGAGGCGAAGGACUUCAUGCAGCGGUUGAUGACACAGGAUCCCUCUCGGCGUCUGGGGGCCAAUGGUGCCGACGAGGUCAAGGAUCACCCGUUUUUCGCUGGGAUCGAUUGGGACAAGGUCACGGCUACCGAGGCGGCAUUCAUCCCGCAAGUCACAGAUCCUGAGUCUACUGACUACUUCGAUCCUCGUGGAGCAGUGCUGCAGCCGUUCAGCGAGCCCGACCACCCUACAAUGACCACCACUCUUGGCUCCGAUAGUCCCGCGCCAUCUGCUGACCUUGACCCUGCUUCCGCUUCUGCGCCCCCCGCCCUUGCCGACACAACCGCAAUGUCGCCCUCCGACGACGAUUUCGGUUCCUUCAGCUUCAAGAACCUUCCCGUCCUGAAACAAGCCAACGACGACAUGAUUCGGAAAAUGAAGACCGACCAGAUGGCGCCUUUGUCGCAGACGUUGUCAGAACCGGCGAAUCUCCACACCCGCCGCAAGAGUGUAUCGGCCAAGGUCAACAUCAAGAAGCCGACUAGCGUCACUAUUGCGACGGACGGGCCCAGCAAACCUUCGCCUACUAACCCGCCUUCGCCCGCGACCUCGACUUCGUCUAUUGCCUCCUCGAUGUCGCGAGGUCCGCCUACACCUGGAAGUGCUAGUGGCCACGUCCGGAAACCGUCGGAUUAUAGCACUGUUGAGCGGUUCAAGCUCAACCACCUGGAAGGCGACAAUGUCCGCCGUAACUCCAUGCCCAGCCGCCUCCGGACUGCGUCAGUGUCCACGAACGGCGAGAGCGUUACGUCUGACUCUUGGGGGCUGCCACCGGCGACCGGGCCUAAUCACUACGAGCUGAACACGCCACCGUCGUCAGUCGCCUCGGUUGACCUAAAGAGGGCGCCUGAUCCGUCAGAUCGGGCUGUGACAUGCCUCCUGGCGGAAGACAACCCCAUCACGGCGAAGAUCAUCGAGACACUGCUCAUACGUCUCGGGUGCCGUUGUGUUGUCGUGGCGGAUGGGUCGGAAGCUAUCAGUGUUGCCAUGGGUGACAUAAAGUUUGACUGUAUCUUGAUGGACCUUCAUAUGCCAAUACUGGACGGUGAAGGAGCCGCCCGAUACAUCAAAAACAGCGGCAACAAGAAUGCGGAGAUACCUAUCAUUGCUGUGAGUGCGUAUAGCGCGACCGCAUCCGAUGUGGUGGACCCCAGCCUCAAUCUCUUCGCGGCGUACCUCUCGAAGCCGGUGCAGAAGACAGACCUGUUGGCCACGAUGCGACAGCUAGGAUUCAAAACGUCGACUGUGCAGGGGCAAGGUCGUGGGCAGGCGGCAAAACUGACCCCCGCACGAUGA